AGCAAUAGCCAUAGCAAUAGCCAUGCCCUUGCGCUUGCCGUUCUCUUUUAUGAGCACAGACCCUUCGAACAAACGAAAGCUCAAGGCCAUAGACGCGACAAACUGAAGCGUGUUUAGGAUUUCAAUGAAUUAGUGAGAGAAUUUGGAGUCCCAACUACGCUCAAUUGAGCGUUUUCCAAUUCCGAAUUCAGGUGGAGGUUUUUUGUUAAAUCGGAAUUUCGGUGUGAUUGGGAUUUCGCGGUCGGUCAUUCGGUCAUCUGAGGUCUGAAGCGAGAGAGAUGGAGGAGGCUUGGUUGUGCCAGUGGAGCACCAUUAGAUCUCUCUUCGCGAUUCUUCAAUGGUGGGGCUUUAAUGUCACCGUCAUUAUCAUGAACAAGUGGAUCUUUCAGAAAUUGGAUUUUAAAUUUCCUCUAACAGUGUCUUGCAUUCACUUCAUCUGCUCCGCCAUUGGAGCGUAUAUAGCGAUUAAAGUGUUGAAAGUUAAGCCGCUGAUUUCUGUUGACCCUCAAGAUCGGUGGAGAAGGAUAUUCCCCAUGUCGUUUGUGUUUUGUAUCAACAUAGUUUUGGGGAAUGUGAGCUUGCGUUAUAUUCCGGUUUCUUUCAUGCAGACAAUAAAGUCCUUCACUCCUGCAACAACCGUUGUCUUACAAUGGCUUGUAUGGAGAAAGUACUUUGACUGGAGAAUAUGGGCAUCUUUGAUACCCAUUGUUGGAGGAAUUCUUCUUACUUCUGUGACUGAGAUGAGCUUUAACAUGUUUGGGUUCUGUGCUGCCUUGUUUGGUUGUUUGGCUACCUCAACAAAGACCAUCCUUGCUGAGUCCUUAUUGCAUGGAUACAAGUUCGACAGCAUAAAUACAGUGUAUUACAUGGCGCCGUUCGCGACCAUGAUCUUGGCAGUACCUGCAAUGCUCCUUGAAGGUAACGGUGUUCUCGAUUGGCUUCACACUCACGAGUCAAUUUCCUCGUCACUCAUCAUCAUUUUCAGCUCUGGGGUGAUGGCUUUCUGUCUUAACUUCUCCAUAUUUUAUGUGAUUCAUUCUACCACUGCUGUGACGUUCAAUGUUGCUGGAAACCUAAAGGUAGCUGUUGCUGUUCUUGUUUCAUGGUCGAUAUUUCGAAACCCGAUUUCAAUGCUAAAUGCAGUUGGAUGUGCAAUUACACUUCUGGGUUGUACAUUCUAUGGCUAUGUAAGACAUCUUAUCUCACAGCAGCCACCCGGAACCCCUCGAACCCCUAGAACACCUCGGACCCCUCGGAGUCGGAUGGAGCUGCUCCCCCUUGUAAAUGAUAAAUUGGAUGAUACGGUCUAAUUGGUUUCGUUGCGGUUGAAGUCUUGGUAGUUGGCACCCGGGUAGUAGAGAAAAGGAGUACUAAAAAAUACAAAAGCAGAAUACUGGGGCCUGUUCGUUCUGUCCACCUGCUUUAGGCGAACUUCGAUUUUUUUUUCUUCUUCAUAAUUCUAUCUUUUUAUCUCCCUGCCACAAAUAUCGUUGUUUGUAGCUUUAGCAUAUCAAUGAGAGACUGAUAAUAUCUUUUUCUUUGCUAGUUAUCCCACGUAUCUGAUUAUAGAGUCAAUUAUUGUUAGAGUUCCAA